UUACAUUUUCUCGUCCAGAUAUGCAUUUGAAAAAAAACCAGACUACUACUAGUAUUAGAUAUCAUAUUAUGGAUCUGAGCGAUAACCUUUACCUCUAAAUGCAUGUUUUUAUUACCCUUUCGAAGGUUUUGGAAAAAUGGAUAGUUAUCAUUUAAUAAGAUUAAAAGUCAUCUGUAUAGCAUUUGUCAAAAUCUAUUGCUUCGAUAAUGUCAUCAAACCAAGUUGUCAGCCUGAUGAAGAAAUCUGUGAGUUUCAUUGGACAGUUGCAUACUUCCAAACGAUGACAGUUAUCCUGCCAAACGGAAAAGGCUCAAGAUCGCCAAUAGAAAAUGUCAAUGGCACACUUUAUGUUAGGACUAACUGUGGACCACUGGACAAUAUGAGAGAAGUUACUGAUAAUGACUAUUUCGUAUCCGGCGAUGGACACGUAAAGUUUAUGUUUGCCAUCAACGAUCAAGUUCCAGGACCUUCAAUUGUCGUAUAUGAAGGUCAACAGAUUGUAGUGCAUGUUCACAAUAAGUUAAUGAUGGAAGGAGUAUCUAUUCAUUGGCAUGGCCUGUUCCAGAAAGGUACACCUUUCAUGGACGGCGUGGCUAGAGUUACGCAGUGCCCUAUCAAUCCAGGAGAAACUUUUACCUACAGAUUUGAAGCGCUUCCUUAUGGAACAUUUUGGUAUCAUUCACAUCUUGGGGCACAGAGAUCAGAUGGAAUAGCCGGUGCUUUUAUCAUUCUUAAAAGACCGCAGUUACCAACUGACACUGUUAGACAGAAUGAAGAAGAAUUUGUUUUCCUCGUACAAGACUGGUUCCAAAGAGGUUUUACACAUGAAGUUAAGUUGGCUAACUGGCAUUUAAACAAGUACAUCAAGACAUCCAAUGGUGAAUCGUGUACUGGUAUUAAAAAGACAUAUGACGGCUCAAUAAUUGGACAGAAAGGAAUACAGACCCCAUUGAUUAAUGCAAAAGGACGAUUCCAAGAACCUUCCACAAAUAUUAAUGCUAACUAUUUACCUUUGGAGACCUUUGUUGUUACAAGUAGACAGAAAUACCUGUUUAGAAUGAUUGGUAUACAGUCAAUAAGUACUUACCGUAUCUCUAUUGAUAACCACAAGUUGAACGUCCUUGCUAUUGAUGGAGCUGAUAUAGAACCUGAGGAGACAGACUAUGUAAUAAUACAUUCUGGUGAAAGAUAUGAUGUCGAAGUUCUAAGCAAUGCACCAGUCGGGAACUACUGGAUUAGACUUGAAGAUUUGGCGAGUCAGGAUAUUGCAGGGAAUCCAAUACCGAUGGUAGUAGGAUAUGGAAUAUUAAGAUACGAUGGCGCACCUAAGGAGGAUCCUAUUAGCUCUGGGAAAGAUUGUACAAAAAGAAAUCCAUGUCGAGUUGUAAACUGUAUAUUCGGAACUUUUCCUGCCGAUGACUAUACAUCUUGUAUUCCUGUUUCCAAACUGAAAUCAAAAGAACAUGAGAUAGAAACCAACCCAGUACCAGUCAUGACUAGUGAAAACGAUCUGCAGGAAUUCUUUCUUAGUUUUCAUUACUCGUUACCAGAAGACAACCCGGGCUUGGUAGUAUCUACGAUAAACAACUUUCGGAUGGUUUUACCAACUUCUCCACCAAUGUUGCACGAGGCUGAUUUUGUACCAGAAAAAGCUUGCCCAAAAGACUUCACAACAUUUGCAUCUCAGUGUAAUCACAUUUUGGAGUUGAAAUUAGGAAAUGUAAUACAGUUUGUUUUAGUAAAUGUUGAGACAAAAGGUUUUGGAAGACCACAUCCAAUUCAUAUUCACGGACAUCGAUUCCAUGUAAUGAAAAUCGGAUUUCCGACAUAUGAUCCCAUAACUGGUAACAUGACGGAAAUGAACCAAGAUAUAGUUUGUGAAUCUCAACAUUGUGACCGAGCUCGAUGGGCGGAUCCAUCAUGGUCUAAUGGGAAUGUUCCAGGAAUGAACACCAUGAAUCCUGCUAUCAAAGAUACAUUAGUUUUACCAUGGGGAGCCUACGCUGUAGUCCGCAUUCUUGCUGAUAAUCCAGGUUAUUGGUAUAUGCAUUGUCACAUUGAGCUACACAACGUAGACGGGAUGGCUCUGAUUUUACAGGAAGGUGCUCGAUCUGACAUGCCCAAACCAGCUGAUGACAUGCACUUCUGUGGAAACUCGAACAAUAAUCAAACCAUCAAGCCACAAACAGUGCUUAACAAUGUAGUGGAAAACCUAUUAGUCGAUGCUGAAGAAAAGGGACUUACAACUGAAUCAAAGGUAUCUGUGUCUUCAUUGGUUGGCACCAUUGUUGUCUCUGUGGUGAUUACUUUAUCACUUGUGUUCAAUGUUGUUAGCAUGAUUAUAUUACUAAGAAGAAAACUAUAUACAUACCACUCCUAUAUACCAGAGGUGAAGAUAUCACAGUAUCAUCAUGAAGAUGAAGAAACUAUUAAACUAUUGAAAUGAUACUAAUGUGUCAACCGUUAUAUAUUGGAUUAGGACCGAUUGUUUG